UAGCGGUACUAUACAAUAAAAAUGCCAUGCGCUCUGCCUGCCACCUCAAGUCGAUUGCAAGACUUUCUGUUAAGUUCUGUUGUAGUGUCGGGUUGCUUUUUUGUGCGCAGGACUUCGGUGGACUGUGCUCAUACUUUGAAGAAAUGACAUAGGUCAUUAUUGCAAUGGGCAAAUCCUGCUGCGUAGUCUGGGCUUUCUCCCUCACUUAGCUAACUUUCGUCUGGGUCGUGCGAUUGACCCCGAAGAAUGCGUGAGCCAUAAAUUAAAUAAAGCUCCCAUUCUCAAGUGGAUCAAUUUCUUUGAGAACGCGCGAAGUGCAUUUCUAUCACACCACGGACAAACCUGCAACCGAACAAAGGCAUCUGAAGUCAGAUUCAUGUUUCCCAGAUUUGUCAUCCAGUGAGAGAUUAAUGCAGGGACAAAGAUAAAAAAAUAUAUUGCGAUGUCGUCCAAAAACUCUCCAAUGUCCCCAAGCUCCGAAAGCGAAGGCGGGCGGAGGGGUCAAGAAUCAGAGAGCUGGGACAACGAGGAAAGAGAAAGCAGAAUGGAUCACCCCGGCGACAUGCCCCCCACGCCACCACCGUUGCGCAAUCAGUCGCCUGCCGAGGAGCCCCAGCCAAUCAGUAGCAGCCGACAGCAAGAGCCUGACCUGGACGCACCUGGAGCUGGCCCCGCACAGCAGGACUCAGAGGGCAACAAGAUGAGUGCCCUGUACUCCCACCUGAACAACUCGAAUGUCUCGUCCCCACACAAGGAGGAGCGUGCAGACCCCCUGAGCGCCUCCGCCUUCGGGAUGCUGGAGCGCCGCAAGGGCAGCCUGGCCGACGUGGUGGACACCCUCAAGCAGAAGAAGAUGGAGGAGAUGACAAAGACCGAGCAAGACGAAACAAGUUGCAUGGACAGACUUCUGUCAAAGGACUGGAAGGAGAGAAUGGAAAGGUUGAAUGCUAGUGAGCUUCUUGGAGAGAUCAAAGGUACACCAGAGAGCCUGAAGGAGAAAGAGCGUCAGCUGUCCACCAUGAUCACCCAGCUGAUCAGCCUGCGAGAGCAACUCUUGGCCGCCCAUGACGAGCAGAAGAAGAUGGCCGCCUCUCAGAUGGAGAAGCAGCGGCAGCAGAUGGAACUGGCUCGCCAGCAGCAGGACCAGAUUACAAGGCAACAGCAGCAGCUCCUGCAGCAGCAACACAAGAUAAAUGUUCUCCAGCAGCAGAUUCAGGUCCAGGGUCACAUGCCGCCUCUCAUGAUCCCCAUCUUCCCUCACGACCAGCGCUCCCUCGCCGCCGCCACGGCCGCCCAGCAGAGCUUCCUCUUCCCCCCAGGCCUCUCCUACAAGCCAGGUGAUAACUACCCCAUGCAGUUCAUUCCAUCCACCAUGGCGGCAGCUGCAGCGUCAGGCCUGAGCCCAUUACAGCUACAGCAGUUGUAUGCGGCCCAGUUGGCCAGCAUGCAGCUCUCCCCCGGUGCCAAGAUGUCCACCCUCCCUCAGCCAGCCGUGGCCAACACCUCAGGCUCUCUCUCCCCCACCGGCCUCAAGAGCGACAAGAGAUCCUCCAGCCCUCAGAUACACAUGAAGGAUGAGGGCACCCAGCCUCUGAACCUGUCAGCUCGGCCCAAGAGCAUGGAGGCCCUGCGCUCCCCCUCGUCCCCCACACACAGCUUGUUCCCGGGCAACAAGACAAGCCCCAACAGCCUGGGCAAAGGAGGCAUCCCCAGCCCCAUCCCCAACAUGAGCCGCGGAUCCUCACUCGACAUCUUGUCCAGCCUGAACUCCACGGCGCUGUUUGGGGACCAGGAUGCGGUGAUGAAGGCCAUCCAGGAGGCCAGGAAGAUGAGGGAGAGGAUGCAGCGGGAGCAGCUGCAGCAGCAACACAGCCUUGACGCCAAGCUGAACAGCCUCAGCGGCAUGAGCCUCCACAACGGCAGCCAGGCGCGUGCCCACUUUGAGAGCUUGGGUCAACAUCUGGGUAAACUGGGGGAGGAGAUGAAGAUGGGACACAGAGUCAUCGACCUCACCAGACCCGAGGACCUGGAGGGGGGCGCUGGGACGGUGGAGGCGCGGGUGUUCCGCGAGGCCCGUGGGAGGCACAGCAACGAGCCCCACAUCAAGCGGCCCAUGAACGCCUUCAUGGUCUGGGCCAAGGACGAGAGGCGCAAGAUCCUCCAGGCCUUCCCUGACAUGCACAACUCCAACAUCAGCAAGAUCCUGGGCUCUCGCUGGAAAGCCAUGUCCAACCAGGAGAAGCAGCCCUACUAUGAGGAGCAGGCUCGCCUCAGCAAGAUCCACCUGGAGAAGUACCCCAACUACAAGUACAAGCCGCGGCCCAAGAGGACCUGCAUCAUCGACGGCAAGAAGCUGCGCAUCAGCGAAUACAAGCAGAUGAUGCGCUCAAGACGACAGGAGAUGAGGCAGUUUUUUAACAUGGGGCCUCAAACCCACGAGAUGCCUGUCAACUCGAGUCCAGCUGCGCUAUAUCCAGGUAACAUCGCCAUGCCGCCAACCCCGCCACCGCCUCACAUGACGUCGGACUGCUCCAGCGCCUCGGCCAGCCCCGACCCGGCUAUCCCUGUCAUCCAGAGCACCUACGGGGUGAAGCUGGAGCCGAGCAGCCUGGGGGCGGCCGCAGAGACCAUCAACGGGGGGGAGGACGACAUGGACAUGUACGACGACUUUGAGAACGAGGCCAAAUCAGACUACAGCAGUGACACGGAGACGCGGGAGCAAGUCGCCGCCAACUGAGAUUCAUGCUGGAAGUUCGAUCCGAUCCUGAGCUUGGCUUUGCUUGGCUGGGUGUGCAACCUCAAACACAUAAAAAACCCACAUUAACGCGCAACACUUAAAGGGUCAGAUGGGCCUGGAUAGAGCAUGGAAGUGAAUUGAGAUAAGAAGAGGAGCUUGAUUGGGUUGGAUUUUGGUCCUAGACUGUUCUGGGAUUUUCUCACCAACCAACCGAAACAGAGGACAAAGCCAGCGUCCCACUCCCCAGCACCCCACCCCCUAGUGCCCCUCUUACCCUAAUGACACUCACCUCACCUGUCAAGCACAAGUCACCAUCUAAGCAUUAAGCUUUGUGUCACCUAGCCAUUGAAUUCAGUGGUGUCUGUGAAGAUUCUCAUUCAUCCAGGUUGUGCAAGCCAAGGGAGCUAUGUGCUAUUAAUCCGGAGCUCUUUUUGCAGCUUGAAGAUGUUUCAACUGUCAUCUAAAGGGAAACUUUCAGAAUGGAAGAAUCCUUUUUGGGUGAAAGGUGAAAUCUUCAACCUCUAAAAGCUCUCAAGGUUGUUGGUGCAACCUAGCUCCUUUGGUGUUUGUCUUAAGUGGCGCCAUCUAGGCGUCAAGUCAACACUUGGUCCAGGUUUUCAGGAGUAUGUCUUAAAUGGGCUGAUUCACACGUCCCAAAUAUAGUUACCAAUAUGACCAAACUUAUUGAGCCAGAGGGGAGGUAGACCUCUACAAGAUUAGCCAGUCACAUCUCCAUAAGUGAAGAUGAUCAUAUAUAUCAUGAAAACAUAUCAGUGAAGGACACACCUGGCCAAGAAAGACCUGCCAUGUAUUUGCUCAGCUUUGCCACUACUCUUCACGCCGUUGAUUACAUGAUUUAGCUUAUCCACUUAGCUUAAGAGUUACGCUUAUCAGGGUCAUAUGCUUCAGUGGCUUCGUUGGAAUAAAUAUGUGGCAGGACUUUUACUUUCUGCAGCUGGGCUGUCAUGUUCACCUCUUGAAAUCUGUAUGUACACAAACAUGAUUCAGUUCCUCGCUCCGGGGUACACAAGUACGGUGCAAAGUUGCAUAGUAACAAAGAUUCUAGAGUGCUUUGUUUUAGAGGUUUUGCAUAAUACUAUGGUAGGAAAAAAGUUGUUUGAGAAACAGACCCUUGGAGGAUUCAUGGAACCCAGAGUCUCCAAUGCUCCUAUGUGUGUGCUUAGACGUGGGCAAACUCAGGCCCGGGGCCCGCAUGCGGCCCGCUGAGCCAUCUCAUCUGGCCCGCAGAGCCUUUUUAAGACAGACAACUUUAAAAUCCAAAUUCAUAUAGUCACUCAACAUUUUUGAAAUGGCUACUUAAAACAUCAUGGUACACAGGUACAUGAAAAUACAUUUCAUUAUAAUGUGCAGGAACGGCAAAGCUGACAAGUUUUGUCAGCAUACACUAUUUUGUAUCAUUGAGACAGGCAAGUUGGCAGCGACGUCUGGCCCUUCUGUCAAUAUUCUAUACCCAAGUUGGCCCUUGGGUCAAAAUAAUUGCCCACCCCGGGCUUAGGGCAUGAGGCUACCUAGUCAGCUCCUCUGAGCCCUCUCCUGCUCUGGCUCUGACCAUCACUAGUUUAUCAAGCUCAUCGUCUCUCAGGGGCUCCUACUUCUGACUGGUCCCAAGUCAGAAUCAGGGCGAAGAGACGACACUUUUCAGCUAACAAACUUGUAUUUUUUGUUUGUGUUUUUUUUCUUAAAGAUUGCAUGCAUCUGAGGCUAUUAGUCUUAAUCUGUUUGUUGGUCUUAAGACAUUUCUCAAUGUGUGAAGUUAGGUUGUUUUUAAUUUUAUUUAAUCCUUUUCAUGUACAUAUAUAUUUUUUGUUCUUUUUUUGCCUCAUGGACACUUUUCAUAAUCAAGUCGUAGCCUAUUAAAACCUUGUACUGUCAGGACUUGAAACUUAAAUCAUAGUAUUUAAAAAUAAUAAAAGUAUUGCUUUUUCAGUCUAAAAAAAUUACUCAUGCUCCCCAUUGACCUCUAAUAUUAAUGUUAUGCAAUGGGGGUUCCUUUGCUCACUCAGGAAUGUUGUGCCAGCUUGUGAAUGUGUUUUGAAAUGAACUAUUUAAAAAGCAAGGGGAGGAUGGGGAAAUUAGGUUACUUAUAUUAGGUUGACGUUCAGUUCAAUCCCAUUUGUUUUCAUUAUGUUUUUCAUUAUUAUUAUUAUUAUUAUUAUUAUUAUUGUUAAAGAUUUGUUAUGGUGCCAAGAACAGUAUGGUGGGGAAAGAAAAUGAUAUGAUUUAUUAUUUGUGACGGCAUUGAACAGCACAAUCGCCUAAUGAAAUUCCAGCCUAAUUUCUCAGGAUUGUUGCCAGUUUUCUUUUUUCUCUGUGAUGGCUGCAUGGUAGGAGGGCAAUGCCUUACAGUCAUAUCAUGUGAUCCGCAUGGUGUCGUCAUGGUGUCCCAUCAGAGGUUCAGAUCUUGAGGCCAGGGGGACACAGUUGCAGUAUGUCAACACCAUAUUCUUAGAAAUAUAAAGUCUUAAACCAAAUGCAACCAUUUAAGAGGAAUUUAUACGUGGUGCAUAAAGAAGGCAGCAUAUCGAUGGCUGUGCUGUCAUAUUCCCCCAAACACUGCAGGAAAACAUAUCAUAAACUAAAAUAUUACAACAUUAGAACGGUUUAGAAAAAUGGCUAUGUGCAAGUGCAGUAGUUCCUGAGUUUUCGUUGGUUGCAUCUUCUCCAAAAAUAACAUCAGUGAUGGUCAUUCAGAAGGAUGUGUAUAAUCAUCCGUACCUUUCAUCUGUUUUGAAGUGAUUUGGACUGAAAUGACUGGAUUUUAAUCAGGCUACUUUGCUGCCAAAUGUCAUGCAGUAUGUGUGUGAUGGGUGGCAGGCCGUGACAUGGAGGACUUUGCUUCUGGCCAUAGUUUUCAUAGUCUUAAUAUUUUCUACUUUUUUGGAGGGAGGGAGGGAGGGGGGUA